AUGUAUAUUUCGGGAACAGGGCAUACUGAGGGCAAGGGUUGCAAGCACAUCUUCUCCGCAUCUAAUGAGCUUGCACGUAGCACAAGACAUGCUAACCAUUUUCAUCACCACCAAGCCAUUGAGGAACAUUUUGCAUUUUGGGAUGCCAAUAAGUAUGCUACACUUAAAGCGUUGAAAUCAGUUUGGUUGUUGAUGGCUGAGCUAGAGACUAUCAAGGCUGAGCUAUGCAUCAGUGACGAUGACUUCCCUGGAUUCUUCGAUCAGGAAUGCAUAUACCUGGAUAGUUUGAAGCAGCCAGCUCCACAAGAUUGGCUCUCUAUAUGUUAUGUUGAGGUACUUGACAAAAUUGCAGAAUGGAGGGCUGAAUGGGAUUUUGCCUGUGAAUCCGGCAAUAAUGCCCUUACAGGAGUAGAUGCUGGCAGUUUGGAACAAAUGAACGACACACUCAAGCAAGCCUGCAUCUGCAUUGAUUCUUCCUACACCAAACUACAGCAUGCCGAGAGGCUUGUCACUCGUUGCGAAUGUGUCUUAUCUGUUGAUGAGAGAUGGGUGAUUGGUGGCAAGGAAUACAACCAUUUCAAGGAGGAAGCAACACUUGGCAAGUAUUGUGCUGCAUUAGACAAGCUGGAACAUUCGGUCAUUAUGAGAUUAUUUGAACUUUUGAAGCUCUCAUUAUUGGGCACAAGUUUGAGUGUUCCGCUACUAGUAGGUGCUUGUACUAUGACUGAUUGA